GCUCUUCCUCAUAUUUUUUUUUAGACCAAUGAGAGAUGGCGAGAGGGGGCGGGCUUUCACGGUUGACAGCCAAUGACGUGUCACGUUUGUAAUACGUUACUUAGCACUAGUCGCAUCCGGGUGAGCAGCACUUGGUCCGCUCAGGUUUUUAUUUUGAAGCUUGGUCGGUCUUCAGGAUGUACGGAUCCUUUCGGGUGCUGUUUCAGGUGCUGUGGGCCCAGCUCCUCUGUGCGUGGGUGCUGGGCUCCGAGCUCACGUUUGAGCUGCCAGACAACGCCAAGCAGUGUUUCUACGAGGACAUCAUCAUGGGCACCAAGUGUACGCUGGAGUUUCAGGUGGUGACCGGUGGCCAUUACGAUGUGGACUGUCGUAUAGAAGAUCCAGAUGGCAGUACGCUCUACAAGGAGAUGAAGAAGCAAUAUGACAGCUUUACCUUCGCAGCAGCCAAGAAUGGCACCUACAAGUUCUGCUUCAGUAAUGAGUUCUCCACCUUCACACACAAGACAGUUUACUUUGACUUCCAAGUCGGCGAUGACCCCCCACUCUUCCCCAAUGAGAACAGAGUGACUGCUCUCACCCAGAUGGAAUCUGCUUGCGUGUCCAUCCAUGAGGCCCUGAAGUUGGUCAUCGACUCUCAGACACACUUUCGCCUCCGUGAGGCCCAGGGACGCAGCCGGGCAGAGGACCUCAACACCCGUGUUGCAUUCUGGUCCAUUGGAGAAGCCAUUAUCCUUCUGGUAGUCAGCAUCAGUCAGGUGGUUCUGCUGAGAAGCUUCUUCUCAGACAAGAAGACCACUACGACACGUGUCGGAUCGUAACAGUCUCUGAGCCCUGGGAUCUGAUCGAUCAUGUUGUUUUUCCGUACCUUGGCUCAUGUGCUUAGAGCGAGUAAGAAUAUCAGUGCCGAUCUGAAAUUAGAUCAUAUCAAACUGCCAGGUCGUACAAUCUGACACGUCAUUCUCAUUCUGCACUGGUAUUCUUACAAACUCUAUGCAAAUGGGUCUUGAGAAAAAAGGAUAUAUGUAUUUGAAAUGUUUUUGAGGGGUAAACGAGAACCUGGAGAAAGAGUUGCUAUUCUUCAUUAGAGGCAGUUCAAGCUGCUGGUCAUAUAGUUAAAACAAACCUUAAAUAUUUGAAAUGAUUUCUAAAUGUGUUCUUAUUUUAUUUGUUCAUCUCAUGCCCUCUCUCCCUGAUCUGUUCCAUUUUUCAGCCCAAACUGUGCACUGAAAUAACCCGGGGGAGUGGAAGUUGUGAUUAAGUGUGUAAUGUCGGGAGUUGAGGAUCUCUUUCCUUAUCUGCAGUUCAUAGGGUCUCUAAAACCACAUUGGCACGGUUACGAAAAGUCUGUUGCAUUGUUUUUUGUUUUUUUUUCUUUGCUAUUAAACCUCACUGUAUUAAGUGAGAAAAACUAGAUAUUGUGUUUGCUUUUAUCAGCUUUGCCAUUUUAGAUGAGUUAUUAGAAGCGAGUAUGCUGUACAGAGAGUAAGCCAUCCUUUGUCUAAUAAUAGCUUGAAACGGUCUGUAUUUUGGUUGAAGGAUUGAAAUUAGAGAUGCAGAUGGUCUCCCAUUAGUGACUGCAGCCAAUUCCUUAAAUAAAUUGAAGCCAGUUUUUUGUAUUUUAGGUUCUACAUUGGGGUAAAAACUGCUUUUAGGUGAAUUAUCUCUUCUGUCUCUAAAAUCUUAGAAUUACAGGACAAGCUUCUUCUUUAUCACACUGAUGUGACUCUGUGUGGGAAACAAAAAAGAAAUUACUAAUAUUGUGUUUGAAAUUGACACAUUUUGUGUGUUAAGUGGCAGUGCCGGCAAGCAAACUUUGUCUUUUGCUGGUUCCCCUGCGAUGUAAGAUUCUGCCUUUGCUGUUUGAAUUGUAACAACUUAUUUAUCUUAUGGGCUGAUAUUGGUUUUAUACAGCACUGUUGAAAAAUUCAUGUUUGGCAAAAUGUUGUUGAUAAUUCUGUUAACUUUGAGUUGUAAUUUCAAAUGUUAUCCCUUACAGGUACAGGAAGGAAGAUUUGCCCAACAUAUAAACAAUUUGUCAAUCUAUUAUUAGUGGAUCUGGCUUUUUCCACAGUUGUUUUUCAAUAUUUCUAAUGUGUUCUUAAGAUUGUCACUAAACAUUUCAGCCUGCAGCAGGCACUACAUAUAGUAGUUGCAGGCUUAGGAUAAGCUGGUUGUGUCGCCGAAAGACAGUGGGUGAUUUUUCUUGAUUUCAUCUUCUAACUCUUAAGCGAGCAGUUCUCAAAGUUCAGAAGCUAAAAAAAAGUUCUUACAACCCACUGCACAUUUAUUUAUCAGUUAUUAAAAAUAACAGGGGAAGCAGAUAAUUAAAAAAAAAAGAUCCAAGUUGAUUUUUGUGUGUCAGCAGGAUAACAUUAACAAAAACUCUUCUUGGUUCAUUUUCCCUACAUAAGUCACUGUCUUAAACACAGGCAUAGAUGAAA